CUAACUUAUUGCACUAGUUCCGCAGUGCAGCUAAAAAGAACAGACCAACACUUUCCGACAGAAAGUUCCCGCGCUACUUAUAAUUUGUUUUGUUUCUCACAACCGUUAUAUUUAUUGAUCAAUCUAUUUUGACGUUUUCUUUGCAUAGUUGUCAAAAAAUUAUUAUCUGAAUUUUACAAUCAGGCUUCCUAGAAUUAUUUAGAAAUUAUAUUUUAUAAUGCCAAUCUAUCAAAGUAGCUAAUCAUACAACUCUGGCGCUUCUACUCUCUUCAUGUAUUCUCGAGGUGAAUGUAGUUGCUCAAAAAGUAAACUUAAAUUGAAUCAAUGAAAUAACGUUAGUAACGAACAAUAAUCAGUUGAUUGUAUUUGGAGUGUAACGUGAUACAAUGGAUAGUAAUAGUGAGCAACAGGGGUCAUCAUUUUCGCAUAAUGACUCAGUCUUUGAGACCUCAAAUCAUCAUAAUGUGGAAAUGCGACAUUUAUCAAAGGCUAUCAUGGAGACAGAUCAGGAACAUAUUGCGCUUACUAAGGAAAUAAUAAGUUUUUUGUCCAAGAUAAACCUUGAAAUUAAGACAUUACCUAAUGAUAUAAAAGAAGGUUUAGACAGAGUGGCUUCUAUUAUGAAGGUUGAGAAGGUUCUUGAAUUUGAUGAGACAGCUAUGUGUGUAACUAAAGAACGUAGGAUUAUAGAGGAGAAAGCUCGACAGCAAGAAGAGAAGAAACUGUUCCGAAGGUAUAAUGAAAUACAUAGAACACUUACAAGAUUGUUGAAGAAAUUAAGUUAUCUGGAAAACUCAACUCAUUCGCUUGAGAACACAACCAUCACUUGCAAGAAUGAUGAUUUAUACUGUAACAUGAUGUUUUUGUCUGCAAAAUUGAAAGAAUAUCAGGAAACUGAAAAAAGAUUAGAAUCUGACUUAACUGAUAUGGAGGUUGAGGAGAUUUAUCCUGAAAAGAUAAUAGAAAAAUAUAAACUAUAUUUGGAAUUGUUGGGUAACCUAGCUAACAUUAAGCAAUUUUUGGAUCCAUAUCGUGAUUUACCACCUAAUUUAGCAGGAGCUAAAUUAAUGCUGGAAAACAAAAGAAAAGAAUUUGAGCAGUUAGAAAGACAAAUAUUUGGAAGGAUGAAUGAUUGAAUAUGGGCUUCAAUUGUACCUUAAAUAUAUCAAUAAAACGUUCUAUUUUCUCAAGUAUUAUCGACAAUUGUUAGUAAUAAUUUGAGUUACAAGUAACAUUAUAUAAUUUGAGUUACAAAUAAAAUUAUA